AUGGAAGCUGAGAGAGUGAAGAGUUUCAUUGUUCUCUACAGGUUGAGUAAGUGUGGUGUCACAGAUGAAGGUUGUGCUGCACUGACAUCAGCUCUGAGAUCAAACCCCUCACACCUGAGAGAACUGGAUGUGUCUGGGAAUCGACUAGGAGAUUCUGGUGUGGUGUGUCUCUCUUCUGUCCUCGAGAAUCCUCACUGUAAACUGGAGAUACUCAGGUUGAGUAAUUGUGGUGUCACAGAUAAAGGUUGUAUUACUCUGGCUUCAGCUCUGACAUCAAAACCAUCGAACCUGAGAAAAAUUAGUCUGACUGGUAAUCAACUAGGUGAUUCUGGUGUGUUGCAUCUCUCUUCUGGACUCAGGAACCCUCACUGUAAACUGGAGAUACUCAGGUUGAGUAAUUGUGGUGUCACAGAUGAAGGUUGUGCUGCUCUGGCUUCAGCUCUGAGAUCAAACCUGAGAGAACUUGAUCUAUCAUGGAAUAAACUAGGAGAUUCUGGUGUGGGGUUUCUUUGUUCUGGACUCAAGAAUCCUCACUGUAAAUUGGAGAUACUCAGGUUGAGUAAGUGUGGUGUCACAGAUGAAGGUUGUGCUGCACUGACAUCAGCUCUGAGAUCAAACCCCUCACACCUGAGAGAACUGGAUGUGUCUGGGAAUCGACUAGGAGAUUCUGGUGUGGUGUGUCUCUCUUCUGUCCUCGAGAAUCCUCACUGUAAACUGGAGAUACUCAGGUUGAGUAAUUGUGGUGUCACAGAUAAAGGUUGUAUUACUCUGGCUUCAGCUCUGACAUCAAAACCAUCGAACCUGAGAAAAAUUAGUCUGACUGGUAAUCAACUAGGUGAUUCUGGUGUGUUGCAUCUCUCUUCUGGACUCAGGAACCCUCACUGUAAACUGGAGAUACUCAGGUUGAGUAAUUGUGGUGUCACAGAUAAAGGUUGUAUUACUCUGGCUUCAGCUCUGACAUCAAAACCAUCGAACCUGAGAAAAAUUAGUCUGACUGGUAAUCAACUAGGUGAUUCUGGUGUGUUGCAUCUCUCUUCUGGACUCAGGAACCCUCACUGUAAACUGGAGAUACUCAGGUUGAGUAAUUGUGGUGUCACAGAUGAAGGUUGUGCUGCUCUGGCUUCAGCUCUGAGAUCAAACCUGAGAGAACUUGAUCUAUCAUGGAAUAAACUAGGAGAUUCUGGUGUGGGGUUUCUUUGUUCUGGACUCAAGAAUCCUCACUGUAAAUUGGAGAUACUCAGGUUGAGAGAUUGUGGCAUCACAGAUGAAGGUUGUGCUGCUCUGGCUUUAGCUCUGAGAUCUAACCCCUCACACCUGAGAGAAAUGGAUCUGUCUAACAACAAACAAGGAGAUUCAGGAUGUGAACUGCUCACGGCUCUAAUGAAUUCUUCACAUUAUAAACUAAAGAAAUUGCUGAUUUUCAGUCAAACAUCCAUACCAGAAACGGUUACAACAGAAUGGUGAUAGCGAACAGAGGUCCUGAAACUGC